CAGGGGCAGGUGGAUCCGAACAGCCGCUGGGAGACGCUUCUCCUCACAAAGGAGAGGGGAGGGGGCGGAGAGAGAGAGAGCGAGCAUGCGCAGUGGGCUCGGCCCGGCCUCGCUUCUGGAGAAAGAGAGAGAGAGGAGGAGAUGUUGAAGAGAGACACUCGGGUUCAUCCCCUCCGGAAGGGAGCCACUCGAAAGCCUCUCUCCUCUCUCUUUCUCCCCGCUUUGUCCUUCCCUCGGGCUCCCCACAGACGUAUUGUUAGCUUUUCCAUCCGGUGGCUUUAAAACCUGAGAAAGGGCGAGGACGUCCUCUAGAUCUAUAUCGGAGUCCAAUGAUGCAGGCAGCCAAGGACACUCUCUCAGAGGGUCUGGGCUUCAAUAGAAACUCUGGCACUUCUUCAUGACUAAACGUAGCCGAUUAACCACGUGGGAAUGUGUCCGCAGAGGGGGAGCAACCCAGUUCAAUCUGUUUAUAGCUCAGCUGCUGGCAGGAUAGAACAGUGCUAAGAAGGAUGGAGCCACAAAAGAAUCUGCUGGACACGUGCUCCAAUCCAUUGGUGUGACACCCUUGGACUGUCAGUGCCCUUAUUCCAGAGUGACUGGAGCUGGUUUUAAUUGCCAGACGGAAAGCUUGCAUGGCUCUCGAGAUGAAAAGGUAAUGCUGGUUUUCCACAAGACCCUGCCUUUGAUUGGGAACUGAUAACUUGCUCUAAAUCAGGACUACCAGCAGCAUGCUUUUGUCCGGGAAAACAAAGCAAGCAAAGCACCAGCGCCAACAGUCUCUUGGUGGACAGCAGCCAGAAAAGCAUGAUGACAGCUUUAGGUCCAAGAGCUUGCCGGUUCUUAAUGGGUGUGUUCCACGGAUUAAUACCAUGCAAAGUGCUCUCCUUGUCAACAAAAGGACCUUCUUGCAGAGUUUCCAGGGGGUCUCUGAUCAGAGAUAUGGUCUUAACUCUGACACAUCAGGACAUCAGAGCAAUGCUGCUGCUGUUACAACUUCCACCAGAACAAUAUUGUCUUUUACAGCUUCUAGCUUCUCAAGAAUUGGAAGUUUUAUUGAAAGAACAGACUGCAAUAACUCUGCUGGCAUGAGUAAAGGGAUUUCACCAGCUUCCACGCUGUUAGCAAUCCCAGGCAGAAAAUUCCUCAAUGUGGUACUUGCAGACUCUCGCUUCUUUUUAGUGUGCAUGUGCUUUCUCACGUUCAUCCAGUCCCUCAUGGUGUCUGGUUAUCUCAGUAGUGUUAUCACCACCAUAGAACGGAGGUACAGUCUGAAAAGUUCGGAAUCUGGGCUGCUGGUCAGCUGUUUUGAUAUUGGCAGCCUGAUGGUAGUGGUAUUCAUCAGUUACUUUGGGGGGCGAGGACGAAGGCCUCUGUGGCUUGCUGUUGGUGGUUUUUUUAUUGCUCUUGGGGCUGCCAUGUUCUCUUUACCUCAUUUCAUCUCUCCGCCAUAUCAGAUUCAGGAACUGAACUCUUCUGUGUCUAAUGAUGGCUUGUGCUUGACUAACAAUAACACAGCCAAAGACCAUGUGGAAUCACCUGCCUGUUUCAAAGAUUCAGGUGGAAAUAACCAUUCACUCUAUGUAGCUUUAUUUAUUUGUGCCCAAAUUCUCAUUGGCAUGGGCUCCACACCCAUCUAUACCUUGGGACCAACUUACUUGGAUGACAAUGUCAAGAAAGAAAACUCAUCACUCUAUCUAGCUAUAAUGUAUGUAAUGGGAGCUCUUGGUCCUGCAGCAGGAUAUUUAUUAGGAGGAGUUCUUAUUGGAUUUUAUGUGGAUCCUAGAAGUACUAUUUAUAUUGACCAGAGUGACCCUCGCUUCAUUGGUAACUGGUGGAGUGGAUUCCUUCUUUGUGCCAGUGCAAUGCUACUUGUUAUACUCCCCAUGUUUACUUUCCCCAAAAAACUUCCACCUCGACACAAGAAAAAGAAAAGGAAUAUUGCUGAUGAUAUUUCGAAUGAGGAUGAUAUAGUGAAAGAGAAAGCAAACAACAAACAGCAGAUAGACCAGGAAGUCCCUGCUUCAAUGGGAUUUGAAAAGAAUGUUAAAGAACUUCCAAGAGCUGCUGUCAGGAUCUUAAGCAACAUGACAUUUCUUUUUGUGAGUUUGUCAUACACAGCUGAGAGUGCCAUUGUUACUGCUUUUAUUACCUUUAUUCCCAAGUUCAUCGAGUCACAGUUUGGCAUCCCAGCUUCCAAUGCCAGCAUCUAUACUGGUGUGAUUAUUGUUCCAAGUGCUGGCGUUGGUAUUGUCCUAGGGGGCUACAUUAUAAAAAAACUCAAACUCAGUGCAAGAGAAUCUGCAAAAUUGGCAAUGAUCUGCUGUGGUGUGUCUCUUCUGUGCUUUUCAACACUUUUCAUUGUUGGAUGUGAAAGCAUUAAUCUAGGGGGAAUAAAUAUCCCUUAUACUACAGGCCCUACCCUCACAAUGACGCACAGAAAUCUGACUGGCAGCUGUAAUGUCAAUUGUGGCUGUAAAAUCCAUGAAUAUGAACCUGUGUGUGGAUCUGAUGGAAUCACGUAUUUCAAUCCUUGUCUUGCUGGUUGCAUCAGUAGUGGAAAUCAUAGUACUGGGAUAAGAAAUUAUACAGAAUGUGCCUGUGUCCAAAGUCGACAAGUUAUCACCCCACCAACAGUUGGGCAGCGCAGCCAACUAAGGGUGGUCAUUGUGAAAACCUAUCUCAACGAGAAUGGUUAUGCUGUGUCUGGGAAGUGCAAUCGAACCUGCAAUACACUCAUCCCAUUCCUUAUAUUCCUCUUUAUAGUUACGCUCAUCACAGCUUGUGCUCAGCCAUCAGCAAUCAUAGUAACGCUUAGGUCUGUGGAAGAUGGUGAGAGGCCUUUUGCACUUGGAAUGCAAUUUGUUUUAUUAAGAACCCUUGCAUACAUUCCUACCCCAAUUUAUUUUGGAGCUGUUAUUGACACCACCUGCAUGCUGUGGCAACAGGAGUGUGGUGUGCAAGGAUCGUGUUGGGAAUACGAUGUGACAUCCUUUCGUUUUGUCUACUUUGGCUUGGCAGCUGGUCUGAAAUGUGUUGGAUUUCUAUUCAUUUUCCUUGCAUGGUAUUCCAUUAAGUAUAAAGAGGAGAAGCUGCAGAGGCAGAUGUGGAGGGAUUCACAUAUCAGCACAGUGAGUGAAGCGAUGGGUAACACUGGAAUGCAACAAAACUACGCGCGGACUAGAUCUUGCCCUACCUUUAGCUCUCAAGGUGAGCGUGCUGAAGAUACGAGUCUGGGUGUAAGCAUGCAUUCUACAGCACAGACCUAUCCAGGGCCCCUUACAGAAACAAUAAACACUGCAUUGGAGAAGGCUUCUGAAGAUGCCACUCUUAAGAUAUAAGAGUGUGCCUUUUUUGGCAACCUCAGAUUUGGUUUGUUGAUUAUUUUUAAGUAUGGGGCCUUUUGAAACACCCGUGCCUUCUUGAUAAAGCUAUCUGGAAUAGAUAACAAACCAUCAGAACUUAAUGUACAGAGCCAUGGCAUAUUUGAGGGCUGGAUACCUCAAACUACCCAGGUCAAUCUUUCUUAUCUUUGGGAAAAGGAGUUUUAAACUAUAUUUGUAAGUACUUCAACUGCAUCUAUGAGAUCCUCAUAUUCAGGCAAAUGUUUAAAAUGGUUAAUGAUUCUAAGAACUACAUUAUCAUUGAUGAUAAAGCAAUGCAUUCACAACCUUUGGACUGGAGAACAGACACAUUACUUUGCAUUCUCUUUCAAAGCACAACUAUGACUCUUCACAGCUAUGCAACUUGAGUUGGAUAACUUUUUGCUCUGGGUAUUUUUCUUCAAAAGUUCAUCACUGAAUUGCAAAAGAGGCCAUUGAAAUAAUGCAAUGUACUUACGCAAUAUGUUUUCUUUUUAAAGAAUUACUUGAAGUUACAGAGCAGACUUUACCAAAUAAAGUCUCAAUUUCUAAGUCAUAAUAAAGUUUUAAUUGUUACUUGUUAGCCUCUCAAUGUAAUUUAAUUUUAGCAUGGCAUGGUGUAUUCUCAGUUUAGGAUAUUGCAAAAUUAUAGGCACCAGUUUUUUCAGUAUUUCUUAAAACAUAACAAACUUUACCUAAAAACCAUUUUAGUACUUGCAUAUUCUGCAACUAGGAGCUAGUCUACCACUCUGCUAUAGUCUCCCAAGUUCCCUUUCAAGAUUUCAUAGACUCAACAAAACCAAAAAUCUACCUUGUGGCAGUCUGAGAUGAACCUCACAUUAUAUUGAAGCUGGCAGUAUGGCAACAUCAUAGGUUUUUAAAAAAAUGUUAAGGAAAAAAUUGUUCAGUUGAAUGUUGCCUUUUUUUUUUUUGAGUGAAUGUUCCAGGCUAAAUUUCUGGUUUUGUUCAGUUCAAAAUUAUCAUAGCUUGUUGAUCCUUUAUUUUAAGCCCCAUUGUAGAGAUAGAAAAGUUCAAUUACAACUGAAGGUGUGAUUCAGACACCUCAGAGAGCAACAACAGAGAAAACUUUGUGACGUAGUCCUCAUUUAGGAGUUUUACUUCUAAUAUCAGAUUUUUUUUGUCCUUUGUGGUUGAUGAUCCAAACAGUUAGCUUUGUGCAAGCAACAAAAUUUUGAAGCUUUCCUUUGCAGAUGAGUCCCCUGUAUUCCUAGACAGGGAAGUCUUGAAACCCAGAGCAAGUGCAUCUUUGAUUUCCGUUACAGCCUAAGGAGAUGCUGCCAGAAAGCUUUUGUGCACCCCUAAAAUUAUUUGGGGGGGGGGGGUUAUAAGAGAGAAAACU